GGUAGUAGUGGUACCGGGCUACCCGCGUGUCACCGUUGCAAUUCUACGCUGUGCCUCGUUUUUUCUUUGCUCUUUGUUUUCGUCUUCGUCUUCGUAUUCUUCUAUUUUUUUUACAUAAAGAAACACAAAGAGAGAAAUUUAGACUAGACAGCGAUGGGAAACUCGUUUUGUACGUGCGUGAACCAGGCGAACAUAGGCGUGGUGGAGAGAUGGGGUCGCUUCGAGAGGUUGGCCGAGCCAGGUCUCCACUUCUUUAACCCAUUCGCCGGAGAAUGCCUCGCCGGCGUUCUGUCUACAAGGAUCUGCUCCCUUGAUGUCCGCGUCGAAACCAAAACCAAGGAUAACGUGUUUGUGCAAUUAGUAUGCUCAAUUCAAUACCGGGUCGUCAAACAAAAUGCCGAUGAUGCUUAUUACGAGUUGCAGAACCCCAAAGAACAGAUUCAGUCUUACGUAUUCGAUGUGGUUCGAGCUAUUGUCCCUAGGAUGAACCUGGAUGAGCUAUUUGAACAAAAGGGUGAGGUUGCUAAAUCUGUGCUGGAAGAACUUGAGAAGAUUAUGGUGGCAUAUGGAUAUAACAUAGAGCACAUACUAAUGGUUGACAUUAUACCCGAUCCUCAUGUGCGCAAGGCAAUGAACGAGAUUAAUGCAGCUCAAAGGCUCCAACUUGCAAGUGUAUACAAGGGAGAAGCAGAGAAGGUGCUCCAAAUCAAACGAGCAGAAGGUGAAGCUGAAUCCAAGUACUUAGGAGGUGUCGGUGUUGCAAGGCAGAGGCAGGCGAUCACAGAUGGCUUGAGAGAGAACAUCGUGAACUUCUCUCACAAGGUUGAAGGUACCUCAGCUAAGGAGGUUAUGGAUCUUAUCAUGAUCACACAGUACUUUGACACCAUUAAAGACCUUGGCAAUUCGUCAAAUAACACGACUGUGUUUAUACCCCAUGGUCCUGGUCAUAUUAGGGACAUUGGUGACCAGAUACGCAAUGGACUUAUGGAGGCAAACAGCGCCAAUGUUAACUAGUUUUUUCCCAUUUCUCAGUCAUGUAUAGAAUCUCAUAAAGAAUUUUGACUGUCUACUUUGUUGGUUGAAAUUCAACAGAAGGAUGUAAAUGUUAUCCGAAAUAGUACGUUGAUACAUCCGAAGGUACUUUGGAACGAGUAUAUUGUUUUUUUUAAAAAAAUAUUUGCAAAUUAUAGCCUUAAGUAUGUAAUAUUUAGCAUGGUUUUUAAUGUGGCAUGAACAGUUGUAUGCUUUCCUUGUAUCACAGGCCAAGUGGGCAGGUAAAGAACUGUCUCUGGUGAAACA